AUGUUUUAAAAUAUCAUUGACAUAGUUGAGUCUCAAACUACUUUUCAAUCUUUAUUUUCAAAACAAACUAAUUAUAUAAUUAAAGGAUCUGAAAAACAUAAAAACUUUUAAGUACAUCAUAGAUGCAAGAAUUUCUUAGCUUUAAAUAAACUUUUUAGCUCAACUAUUGUUCUGAAUGCUAUAUCCCAAAUUUACCUGGAAAAAAACUUUUUAGAGGAAAUAAUAAAAUGUCUAUUAUUGAUAGAAAGAAAUUCUUAAAUGGUUUCUGUUAAAAAUUUAUUCUAUUACCUCAUCUGUUCCAAAAAUAAGUUAUUUAAUAAAUAUUUUAAUGAUCUAAAAAUGAAAAAAUCUAUUAAAAAUUAGAAUUUAUUAUAAUGA